CAACAAUGUUACCUCCAGUCAUGCAUGUUUAGCCAAUCGAACGUUAUUUCCAAAUCUUUGUACCGAACUAAAUGCCACACAAGGUCCAUUGUGGCAGCAUUUAAAGUCACACUCUCGUUUACCCAGUGUAGUCACCACUUGCACAUCAAAUGCUAUUCAUACGCCUAAAUGAAGGACAAAAAACCACAAUUUGCUCAUCACAAAACUAUGUUUCGUACUUUUCUCUGAUCAUUCAACAACAAUGCCUGCCUCAUCCAGCUUCCCAAUAUCUCCUUCACCUGAAAAACAGCCUUCGAUCACGGCCAAAGAAGUAGAUACGGCUGCAAUUGAAGUCUCUACAUGGCAGAUCGAUCCAUCAUUUGAGAAAUCUCUGCUUAGGAAGCUUGAUCUCCAUGUUGUUCUUCCACUCAUGAUCUUGUUCAUUCUCGCUUUCCUUGAUAGAGUCAAUAUUGGUAAUGCAAAGAUACAAGGGUUGACUGAGGAGUUGAAGAUGAUGGGGAAUGAUUUUAACGUUGCGCUCAUGAUUUUUUUUCCACCCUAUAUCUUCUUUGAAUUUCCCUCCAAUCUAAUCCUUCGCCGCCUCUCACCAUCACUUUGGUUGACUAUUAUAAUGACCCUUUGGGGAAUCAUAACAGUCUGCCAAGGUCUAGUGCGUAGCCAGAGUGCAUUGGUUGGUCUGCGGUUUCUUCUCGGGCUCUUUGAGGCUGGUUUCUCUCCCGGCGCUGUCUACCUGAUUUCCAUGUACUACAAACGUUAUGAGUUGCAGUGGCGCCUUAGUCUUUUCUUUGCGGCCUCGAUUCUUUCAGGAGCUUUCGGAGGUCUCUUUGCAUAUGCUCUAGCUCAUAUGGACGGUAUUGGUGGAUAUAGUGGCUGGCGCUGGAUUUUCAUAAUCGAAGGACUUCUCACCAUUGUUGUUGCUCUCUCCUUUAAAUUACUGGGUAUCCUAGUCGAUUGGCCAGAAACUGCAUCUUUCCUCACAUCAUCCGAACGGGAAAUCUUAAUCCGACGAUUGAAAGAUGACAUGGGAGAAGAUACGCAGCUUAACACGCUGAAUAAAGAAUCUUUGAAGAGGAUAUUGGGUGAUUGGAAGAUCUAUGCAGGAAUAUUCAUGUAUAUGGGAGUUGUAAAUACUGGUUAUGCUACUAGUUUUUUCAUUCCGACAAUCAUUCAGGACAUGGGAUAUACGGCGAUUGGUAGUCAAAUCAGAACUAUUCCUAUAUAUUGUGUGGCUGCAACGACGUGUCUUGUGAUAGCAUAUCUGACCGAUCAUCUUCAGCACCGCUUCGGCUUCACAAUCGCUGGAGUCGUGGUUGGUAUCAUUGGUUACGUGAUCCUUCUUUGCCAGUCGCACGUUACGACCGGUGUUAAAUAUAUGGCUUGUUUCUUUAUAACUACAGGCGGAUAUAUGACGCAACCAGUUACUUGGGCAUGGGUCGCUAAUAAUAUGGCAGGCCACUACAAACGAUCCAUUUCCACCGCUCUUCAAAUAGGCGUGGGAAACAUCGGCGGCAUUGUCGCUUCCAAUAUAUUCAUAACCAACCAAGCGCCAGAAUAUCCUGUAGGAUAUGGGGUCUCUCUGGGAAUGUUGGUCAUGUGUGGAAUUAUGUGUACGGUUUUCUUCUUCGGAUUGAAGAGAGAAAAUGGUAUUAGAGAUAGAGGAGGGAGAGAUUAUAGGUAUAGGGAAGAGGAGGAGAGGAAGAGGAAAAAUGUAGACGAGAGGAAGGAAGAGGAGGGAAAUUGGGGGGAUGAUUGGCCGGGAUUUAGGUUUGUUUUGUAGGUUGCGUUGAAAGGGUGUUUGGUAUGGGACUGGCUAUCUCUUAUUUAUUUGCAGCUUGGAAGGGAAUUUUGGAAAUUAUGUGCACGGCAUUGAAGCAAAAGUCGUGCGGAAGUGUGCUUUCAAACAUUCGAUAGAUCAUGUUGAAUGCAUUCACUAGGUAUUCUUUGUAACUAAAUACCUUGCUAUCUCCUUGUAUAAUGCUUUUCUUUCUUUCUCUUCU